ACAACCUCUCACACUUCAUGUAAAGAUUACAUGACUCUCUUGUAUGCUAACCCCCACCUAUUUGCAAGUAACUUUACUUGACCAACACCCCAAUUAAUAGUCAGAAAUAACUACUAAUUCCUAACUUAUACAGAAUAAGAAAUAAUUUCUAAUUCCUAAACUCAUACAAAUAGGAAAUAUUCCUUACCUAUUACUUCAAAUAACUAAAAUUACUUUCACACAAAACAAGGAAUUUACCUACAAGAAAUAAAGCCAAUUUCCUAAAAUUCAGAGGCUGAUCUUUCAACUUGAGAGAUUUAGAGAUGAAAAAUAACGAGACAAAAGAAAGAUGGAUUCAGCACUACAGUAGUUCCCAUAUGAUAUUGCUAGUAGGUGAAGGAGAUUUUUCAUUUUCUGCUUGUUUAGCCAAAGCCUUUGGCAGUGCUGCAAACAUGGUGGCAACAUGUCUUCAUACUGAAGCGAUGUUGUGGGAGAGACAUUGGACAAGCACAGCACAUCUUCAGGAAUUGAAAAGAUUGAGAGGCCUUGUUUUGUAUCAAGUUGAUGUCCGCAACAUGAACGAGCAUCCAUACCUGAAGCACAUGAAAUUUGAUGUCAUACUAUUUAACUUUCCCCACGCAGGGCAUUAUCGAUGGUUACGUGAAACAGACUCCAUCCUUAUUCGGAUGCACCAAGAUCUGAUAGCAGCUUACUUCAAAACAGCCAAAGAAAUGCUGCUAGAAGAAGGUGAAAUUCAUGUAAACGUUAGGGAUGAUUAUCCCUACAAUAGAUGGGAAGUUGAGAAGCUAGCAGAAUGUGCAGGUUUACAACUGAAAGACAAAGUUGAAUUUAGAAAAGAGAACUAUCCGGGGUACCAAAACAAGAGAGGAGGCAACAUAAAUUGUAACCAAAGAUUUCCACUGAAAGCAUGUUACACUUACAAAUUCACUUUGAAAGUGAGUGCUUUGGAGAAUAGUGAUGGCAGCGAAGUGUAUGACAGUGCCAGCAGUGAAUUCACCAGUAUUACAACCACAGUGGAGGAUCUACAAAUUUGAGGGCACAUUUAGGUUAUUGCUAAUAAAAGGAUGGUUAAUUUCUGGAAAUCCUAUGUGGCUAUUGGCCAUAUCAUAGACUCUGCAUCCUUACACUGAUGCUACGGUGGAAUAUGUAAAUUGGUAUUGGAAAAGUUAAUUAAUUGUCCAAAAAGAAAGGAAGAAGAUUUUCAUGUAUUGCAUGCAAUGUUUUAAAAGUCGGAUUGAGGAUUGACCCGAUUGAGUGAUCGGUCCAAUGUUAUUGGUUCAACCAAUUCAAC